AUGGUCAAGCUCUUUGAGAUCAACAGAACCGCUGCUUUUGCCUGGUCCAACAACAACUUGCCCUACUUGGCCUCGGGCACUAUUGCUGGAGCCAUUGAUCUUGACUUCAAUUCCUCCUCCAAACUAGAGAUCUGGGACCCAUUUCAAAUAUCCAACAACGACGACAACCAGCCAGUGGUCUCCUUGAACAUAGACUCUAAGGUCUAUGCAUUGGACUGGAGCAAGCCCUUUGACGACUACUCCUUGGGUUUGCUAGCUGGUGCUCUUGAAAAUGGAUCCGUCGAAUUUUGGAACCCAUUGGACUUGAUAAAUAACAAUACCGAUGUCACCAAUGAUGCCAAUCCCAAUGCCAACCAAUCAAUAUUUUCCGGCAAAAAACACACCUCUUCUGUCAAAUCCUUAAAAUUCAAUCCUAUCCAAACAAACCUAUUAGCUUCCGCCGGUUUGAAGGGCGAGUUUUUCAUCUGGGAUUCAAAUAAAUUUGGUAACCCAAUUGUUCCUGGACAGCCAAUGAACCCCAUCGACGAAAUCAACUCAAUUGACUGGAACAACAAUCAAUCUCACAUCUUAGCUACUGCUGGUAAUACUGGUUACACCUCCAUUUGGGACUUGAAACAUAAAAAGGAAAUCAUACAUUUGAACUACACCUCAACCAACACCAAUAACAACAACACAAGCAUCAUUAAUAACAGAGCAAACUUGUCUCUAGUUAAAUGGCAUCCAUCCAUCUCUACAAAAUUAAUCACUGCUUCAGAUUCAGACUAUUUACCUGUAAUUCUAUCCUGGGAUCUUAGAAAUACAAAGGAACCUCUACUAGUUCUAAAUGGCCAUAAAAAGGGCAUCCUAUCCAUUGACUGGUGCAAAAGUGAUGAAAACUUACUUUUAUCUUCUUCAAAGGAUAACUCUUCCUUUUUAUGGAACCCAAUUACCGGCGAAAGACUAGUCGAAUAUCCUUCAACAACAAACUGGCCAUUUGACGUUAAAUUCUCCCCAAAAAACCCAGACUAUUUUGCUACCGCAUCAUUUGACAACAAAAUUGUCAUACAAUCUUUGCAAGACACAACUCCGGCCUCUUUAAACAAAUCAACCGAUCAAAAAGAAGACGAGUUUUGGUCUCAAAUCUCAUCCAACAAUACAAUUCAAAACCCACUAACCCUAAUCAACCAAGCUCCAAAAUGGUACUCAAUUAAAAACCCAACAAUCGUCAAAUUUUCUGAUGGUGGUAAAUUAAUUACAAUUAAAAAUAAUCUCAACAAUAACUCAAACUCUUCAACCAUCAAAAUCUCAAAUUAUAACCCCUACAAUUCAAAGCUAUUGGAAAACUCAAUUGAUUUACUAAAAACCUCUCUAUCUUCUAACUUACCCUUUGAAAAACUCAUACAAAAACUAUCCACCCAAUCUCAUAAUAACUCCGAUUACAAUCUAUUGGCCGAAUUGAUCAAUUCAAACAAAAAAAGUCUAAUCAAAGAUCAUUUCAAAUACACUGAUCAAUCUGAACCAACCCAAAUACUUCAAGAUCAACCUCCUCAACAGUCUCAAAACAUUGAAGACUCAAUUGUUAAAGACUCUGAUGAUUUCUUUUCAAAUUUUAAGCGAGGUUCAGAGUCAAAACCAACCUCUCAAGAUGAUGAUUCAUUUUUUAAUAAGAUUAACGAUAAUCUGCCUUAUAUUCCUCAGGGCAAUUUCAAAAUCAUCAACCCAGAAGAAUCCAAUGAUGAUCAAAUUUUGAAAAAAGCCAUCAUCUUGGGGAAUCUAGAAAGUGCUGUCAAUAUCCUUAUUUCCCAAGAUAAAUUAAAUGAAGCAUUUUUACUAGCAAUCAAUUCAAACUCUAAAUCUUUGUUACAAAGAAUCAAAAAUGAAUAUUUCAAGAAAAACUCUGAUAGCUCAUUAUCAAGAUUAUUAUACAACAUUGAUUCUAAAUCAAAAGACUCAAUUGAUGAUUUAAUUACCAAUGGUGACCUAUCAAAUUGGGUAGAUAUUUCAUUGGCAGUAUCAACUUAUGUCAAGGACAAUGCCCAAUAUAAUACUGUCAUGUCUGAAUUAGGUGAUAGAUUAUUGAGUAGCAAAAUUUCGGACAGCUUUAGAGAUGAUGCAAUCUUAUGUUUCUUAUCUAGUGGCUCAUUGGAUGAAAUCUCCAAGAUUUGGUUAAGUGAAAUUGAAUCUUUUGAACAAGAAAUUCUUGAAACUGCAGGACUCACUUCUGAUGAAAUUAAGUCGCCAUCUGAUGCAUAUUUCAAAUCACUAAACUCUUUUAUUGCAAAAGUUCUAACCUUUAGAAAAUAUAUUGAUGAAACUUAUAGAAUUAAUGAUGAACUAGUGGUUAGUAUCUUUUUGAAGUUCCUGAAAUUACUACUUGAUAUUGGGCAAGUAGAAUUGACUGAUAAAAUAUUAUCAUUUUUACCAAAUGAUUCUAAAGAUGUUAAAACUGAAAAA